GCGACCUCGAUCUUACAUCCCUCGAUCAUCUCAACAAUCCAACCCUUCGUGGGUCAUCUUCUCAAGUGCUAGAGCUACUAGUCGCUCGAUCGGCAUUCAUCCAUGGCGGCUGCUACCAGGGCUCUCCUUGUUGCCGCAGUGAUCGCAGCGGCGCUGUUCGGCACGGCGCUCGGCGCCACCUACACAGUCGGCGCACCGGCCGGGUCGUGGGACCUCCGGACAAACUACACCCAAUGGACUUCCACCAUCAGGUUCUACACCGGCGACGCGCUCCGGUUCCAGUACCCCGCUGCGGCGCACAACGUGGUGGAGGUGACCAAGACGGCCUAUGACAACUGCAGCAGCUCUAGUCCCGUCGCCACGUUCCCGAGCGGCAACGACGUCAUCCCGCUCGCCGCCGUCGGGACCCGGUACUUCAUCUGCGGCCUGCCGGGGCACUGCGCCGGUGGCAUGAAGGUACAGGUCAACGUCCAGUCCAAGGUAGUGAGAUGCCGAAGGAGAGGGGCGAGGCAGCGGUGCACACAGACAACGCCACAGCCGAACUCGGCGGCUCAGGCUGGUGCUCAGCCUGUGGUAGCGCUCGGGCUGGCCGCCGUCGUGGCUGGUUUGAUGCUUCUCAAUCUCUACUAGUCAACAACGACAGCGCCAAGCAGCUGGCGCCAUUAUAAUUUUCUGUCUCUCCUUUUUCCGUGAUUGAUCGUGCAUAUAGUAUGAUUCUUUGUAUAGUCAAAUGUAUCGUUUUUUCUAUUCAUUAUAUGUAAUUCUUUUUUAUAAUACCUACUGUAUUAUAUGUAAUUCAAUUUGUCAUAAUUCAUUGCAUUUCGUUGACCGUAAA